AUGUACAGACUCAACUGCUUUGUCUUGGGUGAUGAUCCUCUCCAUGUAUUUGAGAUUAAGAUUGCACCGACAGAGAGCGUCAGUGCCCUCCAAAAUGCUAUCAAAGAACAGAAUAAGCAUGAAUUCGAUGGUGUUGAUGCUAAGGCUCUCAAGCUAUGGAAGGUCGACCUGCCUGUCGAUGAGAUGAUCGAGCACAGUCUUAGCAGUCUUACACUUGGCACAAUGAAAUCCCUAUCACCUGUGACGAAAUUGCAGAAAGUUUUCUCUGAAAUACCUGAGGAUGAACACCUGCAUAUUGUUAUCGAAGGCCCACCUGCCGUGUCUUCUAAACCGCUCCACCUCAACUGCUUUGUCUUGGGUGAUGAUCCUCUCCAUGUAUUUGAGAUCAAGAUUGCACCGACAGAGAGCGUCAGUGCCCUCCAAAAUGCUAUCAAAGAACAGAAUAAGCAUGAAUUCGAUGGUGUUGAUGCUAAGGCUCUCAAGCUAUGGAAGGUCAAGAUCAAUUUGAACGACCCACACUUACUCAACGCGAUCAGAGAUGAAGGCGUGGAGUUGAAGCCGUUAACCAAACUGUCCGAAGUGUUCACGGAUGGAGUAGAGUGUGGAUGUAUUCAUGUCAUCGUACAACAUCCUGCCGUUGCACGAGACAGGAGUAUGCAAGGCCUAACCGAUUAUAUGGCGGAGCUCAACAAAGAGUUCAAGAACGCUCUUCACUUAAGCUAUCCCCCUGCGUCAGUAGCUGCUAAAUCCAAAGAAUAUUGCACUAUACAGGGCGGGCCCACCAAAAUAUACGACGGUCGCUACGCUCGCGAAAAGCCAGCCGAUACGAGUGCACCACCAAUACAGUUGUUCAACCCGGCAUUCGCUUACUUCUCAAGCAAAGCGUUCGAUCCUGAAUACGCUGUACCCGAUGAGACACUGCGUGACAUUCAGAAGCUCAUGACUAAAUUUGCAGCUAUCCAUGCCAGCGAGGAUGACCGCCAACAAAAUGUUACUUCUCUGCUGGAGAAGGUGAUCCAACAACCUUUGCUUCACGUGAAAAGUCGUCGUGGCAAAUGUAUUCCCGAUGCUGUAGCGCUCUAUCCUCAUAAAAACAUUCCGAUACACCUCAUGGUAGUUGAGGAGAAGAACGAGUUUGGAGAUGGAGGUUCAGACCCUUCGGUCCAGGCGUCAUUCUCAUUUCACGCGGAUCUUCGCUCAAAGUGUAAUUGCCCUGCCUUCUUGGUUGCUCAUGCUGGACCUUGGCUAGCAGUUCUGGGCGCGGUCUUCACGGAGAAGUAUAUAGUCCAACGGCUUACGGACUUCAUCUGGAUCCCAGACCGCUCUGCACUCGAUGAUGGCCAGUUUCUUCGAAUUGGGCGCGUCCUGUAUGCACUUAGGGAAUCGGUUGUGCGGCUCACAGACUGGUAUAAAAAUGUCUUGCAAUGCAUUGAGCGGCCGUACAAUGCAUCCUAUCCUACUGUACACCCUCGCUUUUAUCCAACCCCAGAUACCUAUCUACACGACAAGAUUCCCGUGCAAUUCAAAUAUGAGCGGUCCCUGGAACGCGAUGCUUCCUGUGUGACUUACCUGGCGAAGACGAAGGAGGACAACCCGAUCAAUGUCGUUGUAAAGUUCGUCACCAGGUACGGCGAGGACGUCCACAAGGCGAUGGCAGAAGCUGGGUUCGCGCCGAAGCUCCUGUAUUACGGAAAAAUUGAUGUCGUGGAGGGGAUGCCAUCAUAUGGCGGGCUGCGGAUGGUAGUGAUGGAAUAUGUGGACGGACCGACGGCCUAUAGUUCACCGCAACUGCCUCCCAGCUUUCACCAAGAGCUCACGAAUGCAAUCGAGUACUGUCACGGGAAGGGAUUCGUGUUUGGUGAUCUCCGGAAGCCGAAUGUCAUGAUCACGAAGGACGGAAAAGUGCAAUUGAUCGAUUUCGACUGGGCUGGACGCGAAGGCGAGGUCACAUACCCUGUAUCCAUCUCUCCCGCUAUUGACUGGCCGGAGGGGGUGCAAGGAUUAGGGCCUAUACUGAAACAACACGAUCAUGAUAUGCUAGUGCGCUACCGUAAUUAG